GGUCACUACUUCACUAGGCUUAGCCAAAUAUGAAAACUUCUCACCGUCCCAGACUCGGCUUCUCCUCCUCUUCCACCACCACCACCGUCACCUACACUCUCCGUAAUGACCAACCUGCCCCUCCCACCUCCACCCAAAUCCCCAUUCAGUCCUCCGAAACCCCGAUUCCGAUCACCGUACAUGUUCCUCAGUCCGCCGCCGCCGUCAAAAUCCAGUCGGCCUACCGGAGCCACUUGAUCCGCAACCUCUACAAGACAAUCGCGGCCGUCCAUUCCGAGGCCGACGAGUUCCAGCGCCUGAUCCAACGGCAGGAGACAGUCGACGCCGUGAGGAGCAGCGAGCGCGAGAAGCUGAGGAUGAACGAGGCGCUGAUGAAGCUGCUGCUGAAGCUGGACUCGGUUCCCGGGGUGGACCCCGCGGUGAGGGAGGCGAGGAGGAAGGUGAGCCGUCGGAUCGUGGGGCUGCAGGAGAUUUUGGACGCGAUUGUUCAGGUAGACGUGGACGGGUUCUGGGGGUGCGGCGGUGGGUUUGGGAGGGACUACUGGAACGACGUCGUGGCGGAGAUGGAGGAGGGGGUGUGUAGGGAGAGAGGAGGUGAGGAAAUGGAGAGGUUUUGUGCUGAGCAUUUGGGGUUUCGUUGCUUACAGAGGUUUCUUAGUCAGCCCUGA